AUGCCGACUCCAGAGGCUGGGCUUCCCAGCGGGUCCUAUCAGCUCUUGCCGGGGUUCACCAUCGCUGCCGAGAAGGCUGAGGAGUACCUUUCCAUCUACCGGACGCGUAUGGUUCCCAACUUCCCAUUUGUGCCCAUCGAGCCCGAAGUUACAGCAAGGGACCUCCACAACCAGAAGCGAUUUCUGUUCUGGUGUAUUAUGCAAGCCAUUGUGCCCCAGACAGCCACGGUACAAAAAGCAGUUGACGACUGGGUCCGCAAGCAUGCAGCUAUGCACAUCGUAGUUCAUAAGGAGAAGAAGAUUGAGCUGCUCCAAGGUUUGAUUGUCUAUGUCGCCUGGGGCGAUGUCCACCUACAGAUGGGUAUCAACGCAAACACUCUCCUCCAACUAGCCAUCGGCCUAGUUAUGGACAUGACAAUGUACACUCUAGCAGGCCCCGUGAGCUGGAUGCCGAAAACCUUGUUGAAUGAUGCGUGGGCCGUCUUGGGCCGGGGCGGAAAACAAUUCGAAGCGCCAAAGCCAACUCUCGAGGAGCAAAGAGCGAUUCUAGGCGGUUACUUUAUUGCGUCGAGUGUUCCUGCCGCCAUAAGGAGGCACUCGCAGAUACAGUACACACCCCAGAUCGCACGAUGUUCCAAGGCCAUUCGCGAGGCGGACGCCAUACCAACAGACCAGAAUUUACUUGCCCUCGUUCGCAUGCAACAUCUAGGGGACCGCAUACGUACUGUCUUUCCGAGCCCGGACAGAGAGGAGGGGGAGCCUCUACCCAUCUUCCGGGAACACUUCAGUGCGGUACUAGCGUCACUUCGCAAAGAGAUCUGCGCUCUCGAGUCAGAAGAACCCGCUGUCAAGAAGGAGAACCCAAUGGUUUGGGCACACUACGGCGCACUGAUGGUCAGACUAUACGAACCAUGCAUCGGCAUGCGAGGAGCCAGCCCUUCGGAGGCUAUGUCCGCCAUGGAGCCGUUCAGUAGGACCGAGUCACUGUGGUUCUGCCUCCAGGCGAUCCAAAUCGCCAUGGAUGCGCUGCUCGCCAUCCCAGCUGAAGCAUUUGCGUAUCUACCCUUCAACACUGUUGCAGAUAUAGCACAUACAAUGAUGUCUUCGCACCGACUGCUUCUGGAAGACUCGGCAAGUGACUGGGACGUGAUACUGGCGCGCCGGAAGCUGGACCUUCCCGAUAUAGCGCGGCGGUUGGCGGAUCGGUUCGAGGAAGCGGACAACGUUGCGCUGAUCGUCGGGCAAAAGAGACGGAUCUUUGAGGACGAGAGCUCGCGCUGGGCGAAUUAUGCGUACCGGGCGAGGUGGAUCCGUCAAUGGUACCUGAACAAGGUUGUUGGGCAGCCGCCUCAGGAGCAGAUGGCGACGGAGCAGCAGCAGCCGCAGGAGCAGCAUCAGUUACAGCAGCAGCAAGCGCAGAUGGUCCCUCACGUGGGGAUGGUGACGGACCCCAACAUGUCUUGGCUCGGGGGCGUGGCGAUGGACCAGUCGUUUUGGGAGAUUAUGAUGCUGGAUGGGCCUGGACAGAUACCCAUUGACGCGUCCAUGCUUUUGCCGGACCAGUCCAUGUUGCCCGCCAUGCAGACUUCUUAG